AUUCAUAGCCAAUACGAGACGAGUUACCGCGCGGGCAAGAGCUUGAGAACGGUCACGCGACAGUAUGUGCAACGAGCGAAGAAGACACCAUGCCUGCCGGGUUGGACGAGGCCACGGCCAUCUUGGCCGUCGUCCAAGCUGGCUUAAGCCUUGCGACGACAUUGAAGGCCUAUGUUGACAGUUACAAAGAUGCGCCGGAGGACAUCAAGACUCUUGCGGCCGAUCUUGAGUCGACCAUGCGCUACGUGAGCGAGCUCAAGGAGAUGCUCGAUGAGAACAAGAAGGCGCCGGUUCUCAACAAAAAUGCUGUAGCAGAAGCUGAGGCGCGCCUUGUACAAGCUGAGAACGUGGUAAUAGCACUUCAGAACCACAUACGUAAAGGUAGCCGGCAAGAGGGACUGGGCGGCCCUCUAAAGCUCGACGACUUGAAUACGACGAAGUUUCAGCAGGCAAUGUGGUACUUCUACAAGCCUGGCUUUGUGACGGUGAAGAACGAGCUUCACGACUUGGCAACGAGGAUCGUGUUGUUCCUGGCGCUGUACGGCCGAGAGAAAAGGUAGACGUUUUCUGCAGACUAGAGUGUACACGCGUCUCUGACAAGUGGCAACCAUAGUUCUUCGCCCUUCGAAAGGCGGCUGUAUGAGACUCAGGUGGUUGCAGUGGACUACGU